UACUCCAGUGAUAAGUCGUCGGGGAAAGAUGUAGUCAAUUGUCCGUGGAUCCUGUGAGGAUGUAUAGCGUGCGAAUGUAUAGAAAGUGUAUGGGGUAUGUAGGUGAAAAAGGAGCUAUAUAAGUAUAUAGGACACAUUGAGAGAGAGAGAAGUGCAAGACUAAUGCAGUGGAUGAACGGCUGAAAUAUGCUUCUGUGCCGUCUUAUUUACCACGAAACUACACCAAUUUCAUGUGAAUGAGAAUAAAGGGGAUCCUUAUACUUGUGCAAAAGACUUCCUAGUUAAAAGAGAAAAUAAAAAAAAGCAGUGCAUGUGUUUCAAAUGUAAUCUACACUGAGAUUUGCAAAGAAAGAUUUUCUCCAUUAGAAGGAAACCAGAGAGAUGUAGAGAAAGAUAAAUAUUAUAGGAAUGGUUUUAUUUCAUUGUGUGCGCAGUGGUAGUUCUAAAUUCAAAGUUUUCUUAAAAACCUUACAUCUCUCUUUAUGUGCGGGAAAUGCAUUUUGAGAUGCAUAUAUAUGUGCUGUGAAGAGACCUUAAUGAAAUCAGUACGCAAAUCCACAACACUCUUUAUUUCAUGUGGAUAAAUGUGGUGAAAAUGAGUGUACGUAGUAAAUAGACAAAAAAAAACCCACCCCUUAGAGAGAAAAAAAUAAGAACAUCCAAAUCAGAGAAAGACUAAAAAGUCAACACGGUGCUGUGUGGGAGACUAAAUUCACAUAGCUGUGCAUUAAAUAAACCAGACUGUGUUAAUUAAAUUUUUGAAUUUUGCCUCCACCGCCGUAGCACUGUAUAUAUUAAUGCAAUUGUGUCGUGAUUGUUACAUUUGUGGAGGAGGUUAUACAACCGAUAAUGAACCCUGAUAGUUAAUGCAUUUGAAAUUGGAUCCGUUUGAUGUUAUAUACCUACUAUAUGUGCCCUCCCCCAAAGGAAGGAAUGCGGAAAAUGUGUGACGUGUGAUGUGGUGCAGACGCAGCUGAAAAUUUUUGAAAUACAGAAACUCACACACACACAAAAUGCAAAGUGAUGUGUGGGGAGGAAAAUGUGAAAAGUGUCUGAAAGCUAUGAUAUCUCAUUAAAUUUAAACUCCCUAUGGCGGAGUUUCUAUUUCGCUUUCAAUUCAGCUGAAAUUUAAGAAGCAAAAAAAAACGAACGAACGAACUUCUAGAAUAAAAAAAACAACUCAUUACGUGGUUUAAAAAAAAAAGAAAUUAAAAAAAUUGAACAAAAAAAACGAAUUACCUGAACCUUCCAAUCAUAUCUUCUUCCUUUUUCCCAACGAAAAUAACAAAGAAAAAAUCAACCCUAUUCAUAUAUGUUUAGCAUUAACAAAAAAAAAGGAAGUAUAUAGCGUGGAAAAAUAAGGGAAUAAUUCUCUAAAUUUAAUGAUGAUUCCAUUAAUUAUUAUCUGGAGCACAUUUCACGAUGUAAUCUCUCUAUUGUGCGCUUUUGAGCAGCAAUCACAGAAAAAUCCAUAUAAAUUUGAUUGUUUAGGCACAUAGGAGGAUUUCCAGCAGGUAGACGUGGUGCGGAGAAAAUCCUCAACAUUGUUCCUGUGUGUGUGGGUCCAUUUUGCUUUUUAGCAUCUCACCAUAGCGCACUAAAAGAAAAAAAAGGAAAAAAAAGCAGAGAACAAGAGGUCAAAACGAGGGUGCUAACGAGCUGGAUUAGGAUGAGGAAUCUUCUACUUGACACCCAAGCGACGACAUCGAAAUUUUCCAUGCUUGCACUUUUCUUCUCUAUCCUCUUGAUAUGGACACAGCCAAUCUAUGGAUCUCAUGGAAAUUUCUCGGAUUUUCCAUUCAUCCAAUACCUGACACAUCCACCGGAGAUUAUCAAGAAGCCAUCAAAUCAAGGUGUUCGCGUGGGUGGUGUUGCGAGUUUCUUCUGUGCAGCACGCGGUGAUCCACAACCAACGAUAAUAUGGCGAAAAAAUGGGAAGAAAGUUACUGGUACACAGAGCAGGUAUUCCGUGAUUGAGGCACAUGGGGUAUCCAUUUUGCGGAUUGAACCCGUACGAGCGGGUCGAGAUGAUGCUCCAUACGAAUGUGUGGCUGAGAAUGGGGUUGGUGAUGCAGUUUCAGCCGAAGCAACGCUCACUGUCUACGAAGCUGACAAAACUCCAAGUGGAUUUCCUGUUAUCACGGUUCAGCGGCCUAGCACUCGGGUUAUUGAAAUUGGGCACACAGCUGUUAUGCAAUGCAAAGCAACUGGAAAUCCCAGCCCUAAGCUCUAUUGGUUGAAGGAUGCCAAACGUGUAGAUAUGACUAAUCCACGAUAUAUUCUCAAUGACGGGGGAGAUCUUCAGAUUAAUAAUAGCGAAGAGGAUGAUAUGGGAAAAUAUGAAUGUGUGGCAGAAAAUUCAGUUGGAACGGAACAUUCAAAGCCAACAGUUCUGUAUGUGAAAGUUCGGCGUGUUCCACCUCAAUUCUCCCGACGUCCUGAGGCGCUCAGUGAAGUGAUGCUGGGAUCGAACUUAACACUCACAUGUGUCGCAGUUGGGAGUCCCAUGCCCUAUGUGAAAUGGCGCAAAGGUGACCAGGAAUUGACGCCGGACGAUCAACUACCUAUUGGACGGAAUAUUCUGGAGCUGACAAAUAUUCAGCAUAGUGCAAAUUAUACAUGCAUAGCAGCAUCGACGCUGGGAAUUAUUGAUGCUCCGGCAAUUGUUAAAGUUCAAUCCCUCCCUACAGCACCAACGGAAGUCUCCAUAUCGGAAGUGACUGCGACAUCGGUACGCCUUGAGUGGUCAUACAAGGGACCCGAAGACUUGCAGUACUACGUUAUACAGUAUAAACCCAAGAAUGCCAAUCAGGCAUUCAGUGAAAUAAGUGGCAUAAUUACGAUGUUUUAUGUUAUCCGUGGCCUGAGUCCGUACACAGAGUAUGAAUUCUAUGUAAUUGGUGUUAACAAUAUUGGACGUGGACCACCUUCGAUUCCAGCCACAUGCACAACGGGUGAAACAGAAAUGGAAAGUGCGCCGAGAAACGUGCAAGUGCGUCCUCUCAGCUCUUCAACGAUGGUUAUUACUUGGGAGCCACCUGAAACGCCAAAUGGGCAAGUUACGGGCUAUAAAGUCUACUAUACGACAAAUCCAAAUCAACCGGAGGCAUCGUGGGAUUCACAAAUGGUAGACAAUAGCGAGUUAACAACAAUAUCUGAAUUAACGCCACACGCCAUUUACACAGUCCGUGUGCAAGCAUUCACGUCUAUGGGUCCCGGACCAAUGUCGAAUCCGGUGCAAGUAAAAACCCAACAAGGCGUACCGUCGCAACCAAGCAAUUUCCGGGCAAUUGAUAUUGGAGAGACAUUUGUGACUCUAUCUUGGUCGAAACCAUUGCAUUCCGGUGAAAAUAUUGUUCACUAUGAACUAUAUUGGAAUGAUACAUAUGCCAAUGAGCAGCACCAUAAACGCAUUGGCAAUACCGAGAGUCACAAUUUGUCUGGAUUAUAUCCCGACACUCUCUACUAUAUUUGGCUGGCCGCGAGAUCGCAACGCGGUGAAGGUGCUACAACACCACCAAUUCCAGUUCGCACGAAGCAGUAUGUACCUGGAGCACCGCCUCGCAAUAUAACGGCCGAAGCCACAAGUGCAACAACAAUUGCGAUUUCGUGGCAACCACCCCCAAUUGAGCGCUCCAAUGGACGAAUAAUCUAUUACAAAGUGUUCUUUGUGGAGGCUGGUCAGUCGGAUAGUGAGGCCACUGUAACAACAUUGAAUACAACUGAAAUCGUGUUGGAUGAAUUGAAAAAGUGGACUGAAUACAAGAUUUGGGUGCUUGCUGGCACAAGCGUUGGCGAUGGACCGAAAUCCUACCCCGUCACAGUCCGUACGCAUGAAGAUGUGCCCGGAGAUCCACAGGACGUGAAGGCAAUCCCACUCAAUUCCACAUCAAUUCACGUGAGUUGGAAACCGCCAGUUGAGAAAGAUCGCAAUGGUAUCAUCCGUGGCUAUCAUAUUCACAUCCAGGAACUCAAAGAAGAGGGGAAGGGCUUCCUCAAUGAUCCCCUAAAGUUUGACGUGGUUGAGGGUCUGGAGUACAAUGUGACUGGCCUUCAGCCCGAUACACGCUACUCCGUCCAAGUGGCAGCCCUCACGCGCAAAGGGGAUGGCGAUCGGAGCCUGCCGAUCAAUGUUAAAACUCCCGGUGGUGUGCCAACGCGUCCAGUUGUGAAUUUGAAAGCUCUGCGUGACCCAACGGUGUCCAUUGAGCUCGAAUGGGAGCGUCCAAAGCAAACGUAUGGGGAGCUACGUGGCUAUAGGCUACGUUGGGGUGUAAAGGAUCACAUCCUCAAUGAGGAAGUCAUCCAGGGGGCGCAUGUGAAUACGAAGAGAUUCAAUGAUCUCGAACGGGGGGUUGAGUAUGAAUUUCGUAUUGCCGGAAUGAAUCACAUUGGAAUUGGGCAGGAAGCUGUAAAGUACUACACAACACCCGAAGGUGCCCCCAAUGGGCCCCCAACGAAUAUCACCGUUCGCUUCCAGACACCCGAUAUUGUGUGCAUUACGUGGGAUCCACCGCAUCGGGAGUACCGCAAUGGGCAAAUAAAUCGGUAUGAUGUUCAAUUUCACAAGAAGAUCGAUCAUGGGUUGGGUACGGAGAAGAAUACAACGGGGCAUAAGGUGGUCUUUACGGGGCUCGAAGAGAAUACGGAGUAUGUGUUCAGGGUGCGUGCGUACACGCGUCAAGGGGCUGGGCCGUUUAGUGAGAAAAUCAUUGUGGAAACUGAGCGAGACAUGGGAAGGGCUCCAAUGUCCGUGCAGGCUGUUGCAACAUCGGAGCAAACGGUGGAAGUUUGGUGGGAACCCGUACCGUCGCGUGGACGAUUGAUUGGCUAUCAAAUUUUCUACACAAUGACCGCUGUGGAGGACCUGGAUGAAUGGCAGACAAAGGUGCUGGGGCUCACGGAGUCGGCUGACCUAAUAAAUCUCGAAAAGUACGCCCAGUAUGCCAUUGCCAUUGCGGCAAGAUUCAAAUCUGGCCUCGGGAGACUCAGUGAGAAGGUGACGGUGAAGGUGAAGCCGGAGGAUGUACCAUUGAAUCUACGUGCCCAGGAUGUGAGUACCCAUUCCAUGACGCUGAGCUGGUCGCCACCAAUUCGACUCAAUCCAACCAACUACAAAAUCUCCUUCGAUGCCAUCAAGGAGUUUGUGGACUCCCAGGGUAUCACGCAGACACAAAUAGUACCCAAGAGGGAGAUUAUCCUCAAGCACCACGUCAAGUCGCACACGAUUAAUGAGCUCUCCCCAUUCACCACCUACAGCGUCAAUGUGAGCGCCAUACCGGCUGACUAUUCCUACAAGCCACCCACCAAAAUCACAGUCACCACCCAAAUGGCCGCCCCGCAGCCCAUGGUGAAGCCAGACUUCUAUGGUGUCGUCAAUGGUGAAGAAAUUCAGGUGAUUCUCCCGCAAGCCUCUGAGGAGUACGGGCCGAUAUCUCACUACUACCUCAUUGUAGUGCCGGAGGAUAAGUCAAAUUUGCACAAAAAUCCCGAUCAAUUUCUCACCGAGGACAUGCUACCGGGGCGUCGUAUUGAGCGCACAAAUGCCCCAUAUAUUGCGGCAAAAUUCCCCCAGCGGAACAUCCCCUACACCUUCCAUCUGGGGUCCGGGGAGAUUUAUCACAAUUUCACGAAUAAGAAGUUGGAACGUGGCAAAAGGUAUCGGAUCUUUGUGCGAGCUGUUGUUGAUACGCCGCAAAAGCAUCUGUACACAUCGAGUCCCUUCUCGGAAUUCCUUGCAUUGGAUAUGCGUGAGGCUCCACCGGGAGAGCCACCAAAUCGCCCCCUGCCAAAUAUUCCCUUUGAUCCGGAGGUGUCUGUGAAUAAGAAUUCCGAUGAACCUGGGAUGCUGUGGGUGGUUGGACCGAUUAUUGCUGCUCUCUUGCUUUGCGUUAUCUUUGUCUUUGUCUAUGUCAUGAAGCGACGCAGGCAGUCGUGCAAAACCCCCGAUCAAGCUGCCGUGACACGACCACUAAUGGCGGCAGAUUUGGGCGCGGGGCCAGCACCAUCAGAUCCCGUUGAUAUGCGCAGAUUGAAUUUCCAAACACCCGGAAUGAUAAGUCAUCCCCCGAUUCCCAUAACGGAAUUUGCAAAUCACAUUGAUCGCCUCAAAUCGUCGGAUAAUUUGAAAUUUUCCCAAGAGUACGAAAGUAUUGAGCCGGGUCAGCAGUUCACGUGGGAUCAUUCGAAUUUGGAAGUUAAUAAGUCAAAGAAUCGCUAUGCGAACGUUACAGCCUACGAUCAUAGUCGUGUUAUCCUCCAGACGACUGAUUCUCAGGGUUCUGACUACAUCAAUGCGAAUUACUGCGAUGGCUACCGGAAGCACAAUGCCUACGUUGCUACACAGGGUCCCCUUCAGGAUACAUGCGCGGAUUUCUGGAGAAUGUGCUGGGAAUUGCGCACAUCGACAAUUGUCAUGAUGACACGUCUGGAGGAACGGGCAAGGAUUAAGUGUGAUCAGUAUUGGCCAUCGCGUGGGAGUGAAACCUACGGGCAACUCACGGUGACAAUUUCAGAGACUCAGGAACUUGCCACAUACAGCAUCCGGACGUUCCAGGUGUGCAAGCAGGGUAGUGGUGAACGCCGGGAGAUUAAACAGCUGCAAUUCACAGCAUGGCCUGAUCAUGGAGUUCCUGAUCACCCAGCGCCAUUCCUUCAGUUCCUCCGUCGCUGUCGAGCACUCACAGCACCUGAUUCGGGCCCGGUGAUUGUUCACUGCUCCGCAGGUGUGGGCAGAACAGGGUGUUUCAUUGUCAUCGACUCAAUGCUCGAACGGAUGAAGCAUGAGAAGACAAUUGACAUCUAUGGGCAUGUUACGUGCCUCCGUGCACAACGAAACUACAUGGUACAGACGGAGGAUCAGUACAUUUUCAUUCACGAUGCCAUCUUGGAGGCAAUCAUUUGUGGCAGCACCGAAGUCCCGGCGCGCAAUUUGCACAAUCACAUUCAGAAAUUGAUGCAAACUGAACCCGGGGAGAACAUCACGGGGAUGGAGGUGGAAUUUAAGAAGUUGUCCAACGUUAAGGCGGACAGUACGCGCUUUGUAACGGCUAAUUUGCAAUUCAACAAGCACAAGAAUCGUCUGGUGCACAUCCUACCCUACGAAUCCAGCCGGGUGUGCAUUAGUCCCAUUCGUGGGAUUGAAGGGAGUGACUACAUCAAUGCCAGCUUUAUCGAUGGGUAUCGCUACAGGAAUGCCUACAUAGCUGCCCAAGGACCUCUUCAGGAUACAGCUGAGGACUUUUGGCGAAUGCUAUGGGAGCACAAUUCGACAAUCGUGGUGAUGCUGACAAAGCUCAAGGAGAUGGGAAGGGAGAAAUGCUACCAAUACUGGCCACAUGAGCGCAGUGUCCGGUAUCAGUGCUACGUGGUGGAUCCCAUUGCGGAGUACAACAUGCCGCAGUACAAGUUGCGUGAAUUCAAAGUAACAGACGCACGUGAUGGCUCAUCGCGUACAGUGCGACAAUUUCAGUUUAUCGACUGGCCCGAACAGGGUGUACCAAAGUCCGGCGAAGGCUUCAUCGACUUCAUCGGGCAGGUGCACAAGACAAAGGAACAAUUUGGCCAAGAUGGUCCAAUUACGGUGCACUGUAGUGCCGGUGUUGGACGCACCGGUGUCUUCAUCACACUCAGCAUUGUGCUGGAGCGUAUGCAGUACGAAGGGGUGCUGGAUGUCUUCCAGACUGUACGCAUUCUCCGGUCACAGCGUCCGGCAAUGGUACAGACGGAGGAUCAGUAUCAAUUCUGCUAUCGUGCUGCUCUUGAGUAUCUCGGGUCAUUCGACCACUAUGCCAAUUGAGGGGAUUUUUCUAUCCACUUGUGCCAGAAUUUGUGAUGAUCACCCCCUUUCCGCAAGAGGGGGUUCUGUCUGGAUGGGCAACGCACAAAGGGCUUUUGCUGGGAUUUUGUUUACUUUUUUUGUGAGUCCUUCUUUACAACGAAAGUAAGUUUAUUUUAUUUUUUUUUUAUUGAUGAUUUUAUUGAUUUUUUAUUGGAGAAAAAAUUAAUGUUUUAUGCAAAUUUUAGCCUUUAUUCUGUGACUAAGAAAGCUUUAAAAUUUCAAGGAUAUUUCACUGAAAUUUCAAGGAUUUCUUAAUCGCAGAAUACGAUCCUUUAUUGAAUUUCUUGAGAAAACUCAAGGAGAGACAGGAGUUUUAUUUUAAAUUCAAAAUUAAACACAUAAAAGAAAAAACUUUUAAAAAAAUCAUUUUUAUUAAAAUGAAUAACUAAUAGAAACUAAUAAUUGUUAAUCAAGUAAUAAAUUAAAUUGAGAAGCAUCCCAGCAAAAAAACUAAAAUAAUAUACAAACAAAAAAAACUACCUACUGCGGAAUAUUGCCCAUCGUGCUUUACGAAGCGAACUUAAAAGCGCUGAGCAACGUAUAUAAUAUAUCCUGAAACAAUCCGCAAAUUGAAAUGCAUUUAAUAUCGUUGAAAAUGUUUUUACAAAAUAUUUUUCCGAUAGACUAUAUUUAACUUAGAGAACAGUGGAUGGGGGAAGGGGGUAAAUAAUAAAAAUACUAUAUAGUAGUAGAUAAUGAAAAUUAAUUUAAAACAAAAAAAAGCCAGAGAAUGAAGAGAGUUUGGGGAAUAAAAUAAAAAAAAAUUGCUGGACAAUUGAUAUUAAAUGUACGAGAGAGAGAUCGCGUGGAUAGAAAAAAAUUAACUAAAAAAAAAGUUUGUACUCCAAAGUUGAUGAGAAAUUUCCCCUCAGAAGAGUAAAACUAUAUAUAGAUGUGUGAGGAUUCGUUAGGAAAGCAUAAAAUGUGCAUUAUUGAGGUUCUGCCAAUUUAUAUUAAAAAAAAAAAGAAAAGAAAGGAAGAUGAUGAAAAUAAAACACAAUUUAGGGUAUUUUUGGUGGAGAAAAUAACUUUUAGAAAGAUAGAAAAUGAUGAUGAAAAAAAGCUCGCAAAGUGAAAAAAAAACAAAUUGAAAGACUUCAUGUUAAUGCUUUUCCUUUUUCGUGAAAAAAAAAAACAAAACAAACGCUAUAUUGUAUAUCGAAGGGUUGGGAAAUUGUACUUAUAUACAAUUUACAUUUAAAGUCUAGGAGAAAGGGGAGGAAAAAAGGAAAAGUUAGCCUCUUUUGAUCAUAUCAAAGUGAUUGUAUGUGAAUGAUUUUUUUAAUUUAAAAAAAAAAGAAGAAAAUACUCAACAGCUGCAUCCGAGGAGGUUUCACAGAGCCAGGGAUUAUCCAGAAAUUUUCUAGAAUUUUUCAUUUUGAGAAGGCAGGUCAAAGGUAAUCAAGAGAAUUUAACAAAAGGGGUACUUAUCUGAAUGAAAAUCUUCGAAUUAUUCGUCGAGAUUCGAAUUAUUUGUCAGGAUUCGUAUUAUUCUUCGAGAAAAUUCAGAUUAUUUGCAAAAUUCAAAUUAUUUAUUCUAUUUAUUCAAUUAUCAAGAAAGUUCGGAUCAAGCGGUAUUAUUCAGAUUAUUCGUCAAAAUGCACGUUAUUCGUUAAAAUACAGAUUAUUCGUUAAGAUUCAGAUUAUUCGGAUUAUUUGUCAAAUAGUUUCGAAUUAUCCUAUAAAAUUCAGAGUAUUCUUUUACAUUCAGAUUAUUCAUCAAGAUUCAGAGGAUACAUCAAAAAAAAAUAUUCAGAUUAUUUUCAAAAUUCUAACUAUUCGUCAAGAAAAUUCUGAUUAUUCGGCAAGAUUUGGAUAUUUCUUCGAUAAAAUUCAGACUAUUGGCUAAGAUUUAGAUUAUUUAUCAAGAUUCGGAUAAUUCGUUAAAAUUCAGAUUUUUCGUCGAGAUUUCGGAUUAUUCGGCAAAAUUCGGAUUAUUCUUCAAGAAGAUUCAGACUGAUUCAGAUUAUUACUAAAAGGAACACGGAUUAUUUGGCAAAAUACAGAUCAUUCGCUAAAAUUCUGAUUAUUCGUUGAGAUUUUAAUUAUUUGUCAAAAUUCGAACUAUUCAUCAAGAAAAUUCAAAUUAUUCGGCAAGAUUUGUAUUAUUCGGUAAAAUAAAUCGAAAUAUUCGACAGAUAAACACCCCUUGGAAUUUAAAGAAGAGAAGAGGACAAAAAAAAACGAAACUAAAGCUUCGUUAAUAAAACAAUUUAUUUCCCUCUUUUUGGUUAAAGUUCUUUAAGAAAAAAACAAAAAGAAUAAUAAACUUCGGAUGCUUUCCUUGUGUAAAGUUCCCCCAAUGCGCAUAUAUAUAGCAAUUUUAUUUUUCAUGACUUUUUUAAGCAGCAACCACCAAAUUACAUCAAUUUGAACGAAACAAAAAAAUCAUAUAAAAAAUGCACGUGAAUCACUUGGCAAACGAUCUGUUUCCCUCAUUUUCUCUCCCACAAACCACCAAUCAAGUCAUGCGUAAAGAAUUCCCCAACACAUAGUACAUACACAGCAAAAAUAUAAUUUUGGUAAUUUUCAGUAUAAAAAGGAGCUUUUUCCCCAACACGCGAAAGCUUUAAUUUGAAAAAUUUAUCAUAUAGAGCUCUUGAAUUUCCAUCAAUUUAAUUUUCAUUCCCACACACACACACAAAACUCAAUGUAAUUUGUCGUUAGAAAUAAAUUUGAAUGCAGUUGAUAUUACUACGCACGCACAUCACCAUUCAUCGUGGGUGGUUGCAUUUCCCCCUUCCAAAAAAAAGGAUUUUUUUCUCGCCAUUGAGAACUCAUAAUGAUAAUUAUUUUAUUAACUCAUACGCAAAUGCAAAAAAAAAAACAUAUCCAAAAUGCAGUAUUUUUUUUUAUUUUUCAUUUUUUUCCACGUGAAAAAAAUUCAAUACUUUUUAAAGACUGACAAAGUGUAAGGUAAAACGGCAGAAGAGGUACAUACAUAUAUAUAGCAUAUACUUGAAUCAAUUUAUUCUUCUCUAUUAUUAUUUCUAUAUUAUUUUAAGUAUAGGUAUAAUGUCUGUAAGGCUACACACAUAAUAAUAUCCGAAUCAUAUCCUGUGAAAGAAAAGCAAAAUGUGACGUAAACUUUGCAAUGUUUUAGAACAUAGAGGAAGAAUGUUUGUUUGUUGUUACAGUUGGUGUGAGAAGGAGAAGAAAAUAUUUUCAAGAAAAAAAGGUUUUCAUUGGAAAUUUAUUAGAUUUCUCCACAAAAAAUAAAUAUGUCGUUAACACAUUAAGUUCUCAUUUUUAUACGCUGUGCGUGAAAUUGAUUUAUCAUUUGACAGCUACCCGGCUGGCAUAGUUAGAAAAAAAUGUUUUUAACCUUGGAGGACCCGAUAGUUCUUACCACAAAGAUUGACUUUAAUUUUCUUUCAUCAAACGAGAAGUAGUAAUUAAAAUUUUUAUUUUAUUUUGUGAUAAGCUUAAAAAAAGUCGAAUUCACAGCAAUUACUAAAAAUGCCAUCAAUUUUGAUUAAUUCAGUUUCUUCAAAGGAAUAAAAAGCAAGUUUAACCGGAGCUUUCGAUCUCUCAGUUCUACUAAAUUAAACCAAUUAAACCUUAAACAGUAUUACGAUGCUAAUUGUGUUCACUUAAGUUAAAAAAAAAGUCUUUUUGGAAAAAUAAUUCAAAUUUCUUAAGCGUAGUAAAAGUGUCAGAGCACUAUGGGUCAGUCGGGAGACAUUUUUAUACACGUCAGCGUAAAAAAAUAACUUCAGAGUAUUAUACAAAUAUUCAACGUUUUAAACUGUAGAUUUUUGAAUUAUUAUUUUCUUUUAAUUAAUACGAAAAAUAUAACAAUUUUAAUUAUUUAAUUAAAAUAAAAAAUCCAUUUUUUAUUUAACAAAUGCGUGUAAUUUACCUUCCACCAACUGUACAAUAAAACAUUCCAUCAAUGUUCCCCUCCUUGUUUAAAAAAAAAUGAAAAGAAGCUACUUUAGAAAUUUAUUGCAAUAAUGGUGAUAAAAUUUUCAUUUAUAGGAGGGUAAAAAAAAGAAGAAGAAAAAUUAAAUGAAAGAAAAUAACGAAUUACCGGAACUCUUUUAAUGAUUUCUCCGGCAUCUUAAUCAACAUUAUUAAGGAUUUUAUUAUAUAUACAUACGUAUAAAUAAGUGGUAGUUUUAGUUUAUCUUUUUCUACAUUGAACGCAUACAUACAUAUAUUAUUAUAUACUUACUACGAAGGAAAGUAUAUAGAGACGAGCGAUGAUGAUUAAUGAAUGUAAAAUGUGAGUUAGAAUAUGAAUAAUCUUUUUUUGCCAUUUAUUAUAAUAAAUUAAGAAGCAGUCAAUGAUUUCUUUUUUUUUUGUUUUAUUUGAGCAAAAUAAAACAUAAUUUCCAUGCCGAAUUAUAUUCCAAUAUAUUAUAAAAAUUAAUAAAAAGAAAAGAAAUAUAGAGGCGGAGUGUGGAUAAAGCACCUCAGAAAAACAAUAAAUUGCUGUAAGGAAAACAUUGUUACUGUAAAUACAAUGACAAGUAUUAUAUCAUGUAAAUAAAUGAUGAAUGAAAUAA